UAGGUUACCGUCCCGUCCCUGCAGCCUCAGCAGCAUCAUGGUGGACAUUUGUGUGAAGAGCGGAGCUGCUUGGGUUUGUAACUCUCCUGAACGUCACCUGUCUGAUGUCCUGCUUCCUGUUUACAACGGUAACAAAGACAAUGAUGACGAGGGAGAGGAGACACAUCGAGGUGACCCGGUGCUGUUGGAGCAGACGGAGGAAGGGUCUCCCUGCGUCUUGAUGCUCCACUGCAGCCCCGGCUCCCCAGCAGUCAUCAGCCGCCUGCUGCUCGUCAGCGAGGCUCGAACCAUGGAGGUGUACGACCAGACGGGAGAAUACUGUGGAACGGUACGGGGAGAGAGGGACGACAGCAUCCAGCCAGACUGUGCAGACAGAGGGCCUUUCUACAGGAAACAGCUGAUCCUCGAUGAUCCAUCCUCAGCCUGUGAAGUGAAGCUGCUCUCUCUGGCCGGUAGAAGCAGCGUUUUGGUGUGUCAAGUCCUCGUGGGUCUUCAGCAGCUGCAGCCCGCCCCGGCUCGCGGUCCUGGCAUCAACAUGCAGCAGGUCCAGAGUCUGGUUGACGAGAUGGGGACGAGCCUCUCACCCGGAGCACAGAACCUCAUGGAGAUGGUGCACAUCCAACAGAAGAACCAGACGAGCUCUCUGGACGGCCUCCUGCCUCUCCUGAUGGGUGGAGGAGCGUUCUCCGCCCUGACACGAGGAGCCACAGCAGCUCUCAGGAACGAGCCUCAGCCUGCAGACUUCAGGCAGCCUCCAGUUUCACCGGCUCAGAACGGAGCGGCGUCUGACUCCUCUACCUCGUCUUCCUCCCCCUCAGAAAUGUCCCUGUCUAGUGUCAGCAGCAGAAACACAACCGGCAGUGAGAGCAGAAGUCCGGUGAGCCACUCCCAGCUGACGGAGAUGAUGUCACACUUCCUGAACGGGCACGGCCAGGCGUCGAGCUCCGGCCCCGGCCCCGACUUCCUGCCCAUGCUCCAGAGCGUCUGCGGUCAGGUGACUCAGCUGAGGCUGGACGACGCGGCGGCAGAGAGGGAGAAGGCGAUGAGGAACGGCUCAUGGGAGUUGGACGCAGCCAUGGAGCGCCGCCUUGAGGAGAUGGAGAAGAGGUUGAAGGAGCACAUGGACCGCCGCCUGGACGCUCUGGAGCAGAAGCUGGAGAAAGCCUUGCUGAGCGCUCUGCCGCUGGUCGCCCUCAACCAGGCGGCCGUCGGCGGCUCGGCGGGGGGGGGGAGCUACACCCGGCCCUCUGACGGAGCAGACCGCACCAACGCCUGCUAUGCACUGACAUCAUGUGACCACUCAAAGCUUUAAACUUCACCUCAGUGUCAGAGUGGAUGCUGAUGAGCAGGACGGAGACGCUAACACAAUGAUCUGAUCAAACUUAACAUUGUGUUUAAAUUUAACCCUU